AUGAGGCAGAUGAAGCAUUACCUUCUUGUGCUCUUGCUAUCGCCAUACUUCUCGUCCGUACGGGGUGCGGAAACCACCCUCACCAGCCUUGUAUCACAGAUUCCAUCAUGCGCGCUUCCUUGCCUUCUUACUGGUCUCCAACAUGGGGGCUGUAAGCUGGACUCUGUCUCUACUAUCGCCAAUUGUCUGUGUAUAGACAUCGAACUCCAGGCAGACCUGUCGUCAUGUGUUCGUCUGAAAUGUUCUUUCGAGGACCAAAAGCGUGCUGCUCAAGUUGAGACAGACCUCUGUGCGACUUUCCCGAAGCCGUCAAGAAGAGAAGAAGCAAGAGCAGUGGCAAUAUCAUUAUCUAUCAUUGCCUUCACUGUUGUCGGACUUCGAUGCAUUUCACGAUACCUGGUUGACCACCGACUUUGGUGGGAUGAUUGGAUGAUCAUUGCAGCAACGGUCCUUCUCGCCGCAAUAACAGGCAUCCAAAUUGCGGGAACCGGCCUAGGGUUUGGCUUGCACUACUGGCAUGUCGAACCUUGGGCAAGCACAAGACUCAUUCAGAUGUUCUAUAUUGGCGAACAACUCUAUAUCUUGGCCCAGAUUAUGGCUAAGAUCUCACUUCUGCUUUUCUUCUCGCGCAUCUUCUUCUCUUCUCGAUGGUUCUAUCUUACGACCCAACUCUUUAUUCUGUUCUUGAUUCUGCACGCGGCGAUAUUCCUCUUUCUUGUCAUUUUCGAAUGCACGCCAGUCACCUCAACCUGGAAUCUCGACGAUCCAUCUAGAAAAUGCAUGAAUAUUGUAGCAAUUGGCUACUCUGGUGCAGUAUUCAGCGUCAUUGAGGACAUUGCUAUCCUUAUUCUUCCCAUUCCAGAGCUUCUUCGACUUCAGCUCAGUACCAAGAAGAAACUCUGGCUCAGUCUCAUAUUUGGGCUAGGCUCAUUGUGGCCUGGUCCAGUUCGUUUCAUCGAGACUUCGCGCAAGCUACGUAAGCAUGAUCUAUCACCUGGCUUUAGGUUUUCUUCCAUAUAG